AUGGAAAAUAAAGCUCAACGGAAAAAAGAGCCGAGCGAUAUUACUGCAGAAAAGGAAACUGAGAACUACAACAAAUCCAGAUAUAUUUCAAACAAUCUACAAGAAUUCAUCUGCGAAAUUCAUCGUAUUCCUGGUAUAUUUGAUGGUAAUGCUGCCCGGCUCCAGUUAUUUUUAAAUAAUUACAGCGUAUCUAAUAUUAACAAAGAAUUCAAUCCGAAAAAUUUAAAAAAUUUUGAUGCUAGCAUUUUACCACCAUGCGAAACUGAAUUAUUUCAACAAUUUCCUAGAGCUAAUUACAUUGCUAACAUAUGGAAUGAAGCAAAUGAGAAACAACCAUCAAUUUUUACUCCUGAAAACAAUGGGUGGACGUUUGAAGAAAACCAGUACCACUUUCAUUGGUUUGUUGGUGACCAAUUUCCAGGAGACGUCAGUGAAUCUCUCCAAAAAUCAGAAGAAGCUGCUAGCAACGACAACAUGAUUGAUGAUGUUGAGGACGAUGAUUCAAAUGCCCAAUAUCAUGACUGGCUUGAUGAUGAAAAUUGCAAUGAUUGUGUCGAUGAUAACGAUGAUUAAACAAUAAAUAAAUACUUCAUUCCAUUAAUCAUAGUUGAUUUUCUUUAACUCAAAUGAUUUUUCUUAAAA